AUGUUGGGUCUGUUUAUCCACCUCAAUCAACUUCCAUCUUGCGCUGGGGUCAAUUCAUGUGUUGUGAUCUGUGAAAUCCGAGUCGGGAUGACUCGAAGACAAGAUGAGGCGUAAUGUUGUUCAACGACUUCUCAAACUUCCAACCUCAAGCAGGCGCCUACCCCUUCGUCUUGUGCAAGCGCAGUUCAAAACUGCCACCGCCUUUUUCUCGCACUCCCACAGAAGCACCUACCAACACCAACCUUACAGGUCUACAGCACCCCCUGACUACUAUCCCGUUGGUCCUCCACGAUCAGUUCCUUUUUUACGAUCCUUGCUAUGGGCGGUAGUCUUUGGCACCACCGGUUUCGGCACACUGACUUGGUUGAUGGCGGUGGCUUACAGGAAGGAAGGCGAGAUCCAACCUGGAACUACCUCCGAUGUCCGCCUUAGCCGUCGUGCUGUGGAAAGGGUCGGAAACCAUCCAGUCGUCCAAGCUUUGCUGGCUGAUCCCGAGUUUGAAAUACACUUCCCGUAUGCUGUUACUCCAGAACAGGAAGAAAAAUUAAUCAUCAGCACAAUUACUGGCAGUUUUAUAGAAUGUGAUCCACAUUUUGUCGAAACUGCACUAAGACCCUAUCGAGGUAUGAAUAUGAUGGUCUUUUGGAACCAACAUCGUCACGUCUUGGUCAUGGUAGUCUCCCCAGGCUUUGGUCUAGGGGGAGAGUAUAUCGGCACAGUCCACAAUGGUGCAGUGACUACUGCAGUCCACGAGUCGAUGCAGAUGGUCGCACGAAGAUGGUUUCCUCAGGGACUGAGCUUUAACCUUUCCGACCUCGAGGUGUCCGCUGGCUCGCCUCUGCCGUCACGAGGUAUUUUUUGCAUUGCAUGCCAUCCAGCGUGCAGCAUCGACACCGAACAGCUGGCCUCAGCUGUUGAUGUAUUCACGGCAGCGAAGGCAUCUGACUUGGAAAUAGAGCGGUCGGGGUUGAUUAUCUGGCCUGACUGGUUCGACCCUCAAGACUGGAAUAUAAUGGCCAACUCUAUCGUAGCACAGGUCGUGGUCGCGCCUUCUGGACGCCUAUUGAACAACCGAGAUGCAUUUACUUGUUAUCUUAAUGCCGUUGGGCGGUUCCAGGUAUCUGAGUCCGAGGACUGGCCUCCACCUCAAUCACCUAGACGGAAGGCAUACCACAGCAUAGGCGACUAAAUUGCGAAGCAUGCAGGCCAGUGCUCAAGCAAGAUGCACGCCUGCCACCACUCAUCGAUCAUGAAGGCACCACAUUGGACCUGUGCAACAACCCAAUGGAGGACGCUACCUGGUCCUAUAUUGUCGCAGGACCUAGCGAGCCUGUUUCCAGAAAAAGUGGCACGGUCUGACAGGGCGUACAUCGACGACACAAGUUCGAAGUCAAGCAGGUUCACAAUAGCAGGUGCCUUGACACCAA